UGAAAUUACACAAUUUCCAACAAAAAUAAAUGUGAGGAAACGAAACACGAAAGAAGAAAAGCUUCGUCAAAUUCAAUUCAAUUCACUUCUUUGGAAUUUGGCUUUCUAAAGAGGAGGGAAGAGCUUUACGGUAAUGGCGGCUCCUCGGAACUUAACCGGAGACGGCGGCGGAAAGCUACUCGUGAAGGACGAAGAAAGCGCGGCCGCGUCUUCCUCGAAACGCACCAAAUCGAAGCGGUUUCCUCUUUCACGUUGGGAGUUGGUCGUGUUUUUCACCGUCUUCCUCGUCUUCACCACCGGACUUGUCUCUAUUUACCUCACAAUGCCCGCCGCUGAAUACGCCAAGCUCAAACUUCCUACAACCAUCUCCGGUCUCCGAUUGCUCAAAGAUAAUCUUGGGUCAUAUGCAAGUGAGUACCCAGCAAGAUUCAUUUUAGGUUACUGUUCAACCUACAUCUUUAUGCAAACCUUCAUGAUACCUGGAACUAUCUUUAUGUCACUACUUGCCGGAGCUCUUUUCGGUGUGGUUAGAGGUUUUGUUCUUGUCGUCCUCAAUGCAACAGCUGGAGCCUCUUCUUGUUUCUUCUUAUCAAAAUUGGUCGGAAGGCCUCUUGUUUGCUGGCUGUGGCCUGACAAGUUGAGGUUUUUCCAAGCCGAGAUUGGGAAAAGAAGAGAUAAGCUACUAAACUACAUGCUCUUCUUAAGGAUAACACCCACACUUCCUAACCUCUUCAUCAAUUUGUCUUCUCCAAUCGUUGACAUACCUUUUCACGUCUUCUUUUUAGCCACUCUUGUCGGUCUUAUGCCAGCUUCGUACAUCACCGUUAGAGCUGGUCUGGCUCUUGGAGAUCUCAAAUCAGUGAAAGAUCUGUAUGAUUUCAAGACUUUGUCUGUGUUAUUCCUCAUUGGAUCCAUCUCCAUAUUCCCUGCUCUGCUAAAGAGAAAGAGAGUAUAUGAAUGAAUGAAGACUGAAAAUACAUUUAUGAGCAGUACUAUACUGUUGCAUUCCGGGAUUUUUUAAGGUGUGUUUAUGAGCUCUCGCUAUAGAAGAAGAUCGCUUUUGAGACAUCACAGAGUAUUGAACCGCUAACUCUGUCUUUGAUUGGUUUAUCACUUUGUUGUGGAUUCGGAAUUCGUUCUCUCAUUCCCUUUGUAUUAAGUGCUUUGUCUAGCUAGUAUACUGAAUCUUGAUUCCCAGAUUGGUUCUGUAUAUUGUAUCUUUAUUCAGAGAUCUGAUGCUGCACCAUAUUGGCUUAUGUAGUAGAUUAUGUAAAUUCUUGAAGACAUUUCGUUGA